AUGUCUUGUCGUUUUGAGCACCAUGACCCGAAGGGUGGUGGAUCAAGGCGCAACCGGAGCAAACAAGAGUUUAUGGAAGUGCUUCCCAGUUCAAAGACUUCUAAUAUCAGUGAAGAGAUCAGGCAAGUUGCAUCAGAAGCAUCUGAUCAUGAGCAUGAUUAUGUGAAGACUGUUGAUACGCAUCUCCCUCCAGAUAUGCCAACUUGCAGCUUUGAUGCCACUAGGGUUUUGAAUGUUGAUCAGGAAAUGGAAAAUUCCCUGGGUGAUGCUCUGCAGUCUGACUAUUAUGGUAAAGCUGGUCAACUAAAUGAAUCUCACAGGAUCGCAUCCGAAACUUCAAGAGAGGUUGUUGCUAAAUUUGCAGCCAACACAAGUGCUGAUGAACUAGGUGUUGGCAGUUUUAGAUCAAGACAGGCGACUUCUCCCAAUUCUGGAAGAGCUCUUAGGCAAAAUUUUCCAGGAUCUGGUGGUGACCAGUAUGAUCCAAUUUUUGACAGUAUUGAACCAUUGUCAAACUUCUCCAAGAAAUUUGGUGAUGUGCAGAAAUGGGAAGCUGCUGGUGGCUCUGACAUGUUGAGACCACCAAAUGUUAGAGAGAACAAGCAGCAAAAAGAAGUUGGAGCAGUUGCUCCGGCUGCAUCUGGUGAUAAUGAGGAAUUUGGUGAGACUGCUGAUGAAGAAGUAGGUGCUGUAGAGAAUGGAAGUGACAGUGAUCCUGUGGAUGCAGCUGAUAUGAAUGCGGGUGAGAUUGACCAGCUGAAGUCUCCAGUGAAAGGCAAGAAGAACAAAGAAUCCAGAUUAUUGAAGCAUUUCAAGGUUGCCCUUGCAGAAUUUGUAAAGGAAGUCCUGAAGCCAUCUUGGCGACAAGGUAAUAUGAGCAAAGAGGCAUUUAAGACCAUUGUCAAGAAGACUGUGGAUAAGGUUUCAGGAGCUAUGAAGAGCCAUCAGAUACCGAAGUCUCGGGCUAAGAUUAAUCAGUAUAUUGAUUCUUCGCAAAGAAAAUUGACAAAGCUUGUUAUGGGCUAUGUUGAUAAAUAUGUCAAAGUGUGAAGUUGGCCAUCAAUUGUGAUUUUCGCCUUCAGUUGUUGAACAUUUUGUUCAGAUGUGUCGGGUGUGAAUUUUUCAGCUGGCAUUGGUAGAAUUUUGGUGUUUCAGUAGAGUUUAUACCUGCUAGCGCAGAAGAAGAUAUUAUGACAUAAGAGAAGAUGACUUUAUUAAAAAGUCAUUUCCUCCCUCAGCAUGUUCUGAGGAAGCUCCGAAACAUAUUGGAAUUUGUUGAACUUUUUGAGCUGGGACAACUUUGUUGAACCUUAUGGAGUACCAAGCCCAGAAAGUAGAAUGCUUACUCCCAAGAAUUACUACUUCAGACGCCAUUAAGCUAGAGAAUUGAUACUAUAACUUGCUGCUGGUUUGGCCCCCAGUUGAAACCCAUGACAAGUUGAUUAUGGGGCUGAUCCACCUAAUGGACAGUGGAAUGUGACCUCAGGAAGUGACCCCAUUCUCAGACCUGGAGAAAACUGACAUUUAGAGAGGCUUGAUGGUUGCAGAUGUUCUGAUGGUAAUGGUAGUUUGAAAGUUCUCUAGUACCAGGUUGUGUUAAUGCACUGAGCUAAAUGCCAUUGUUGUCAUGCAUGAGUUUGAGGCUUCGUGCAUUGCCUCCUCUAUAUUAAAUGGAUUUAUUUUUGAAUUUGAAAAAUAGAAAGCAGUUCAGAUAUUCCAUGCCACUAGCAGUGAGCCUUCUUGUCGUGCACACACGCAGAAGAUAUUUUGACCUGAAGAUCAGUAAAUACUUUCUUCAUGAUUUCACGGUUAGUGUGGAUUGUUUUUUAGGAAUUUUGCUCUCGAUGGCAAAAGAACUACAAUUUUUCGGUGGAUUAUGAAGAAGCUGGUUGUGUAUAAGAUGCAUGAAAUGGAAGUUACAAUAAGUUAUUUCAGAGAAUCCUUUCCCUUCCA